AAUAUUCUUAUCACCGUAACUCUUGAAUUAAAAGGAAACUGAUAAGUAAUCAUGUGCGGCCAGUAGUGUGCGAGGAGUGACUGUGUUGUUAACAUGUUGUGAAAUAAUUUACGGAUAAUGUCUUAUAAAGAUGUAGAAACCGGCAUCACUGAAGAAGGGGAAGACGAUGAGAACCGCCGACCGCUCCUUGGUGACGGAGAUGGCAGCAGCAUCAGCCGAGCUCGUCCGCCAAGACCCAGGCAUCUUGGUCUCGUGAAUACCACGCAGAACGCAAGGCAGCUACCGAAACUGACGCUCCCGGACAUGACGCCAUCAUCAGUGUCAUCCACAGUCCACAAUACUCCAGUGGGAGAGUCUGCCAGCACCAUGAGCAAGCCUUGGAGACGUGGCGAUAGGAGACUGAGGAGGCUGAAUACUGAACUCCUGGAGGCCAUUGAGGGUCAUGAUGUGGAGCAGGUGGAAAAGCUUUUAAAUUCUGGAGCAAACCCCAACGCCACCUGCCGGCUGGACCUGGUCUCCGCUUGCCACAUGGCGGCGCUGAUAGGCGGAGACGCGCUCGGCCUGCUCGUCAAGUUCGGAGCUGAGAAACUUCGGAUUGACCGGUUGGGAAGAACACCUCUUCAUCUUGCAGCGUUGGCUGGCAACGCGAGACAGGUGGCUAUACUCCUGGACUUUCCUGAAGACAUGCAAGACAGAGUAGGGGAUGAAAGCAUGUCCUCGGAAACUGAAGACGACGUCAGGAAGCUAUGUCCAUACAUAAGAGAGAUGACUAACGUCAGAUGUGACCUCGGAGAGGUCAAUGCCGCCCUCCCUAAAACUUGGAAAGACAACAUAGACCAUGAAUGCAGAGAUAUCAAAGGAAGCCUGAGUGAAAUGUUCCAACCAGGCUGGACGCCACUGCACGUCGCGAGCUCCUGCAUCAGACGUCAUUGCACGAGACUAUUACUGGCAGCUGGUGCUGAUCCCAACAUUUGUGACGCUGAAGGUAGAACGGCUCUCGACGUCGCUGGAUCAGCAUUUUAUUACAACAAGGAAAUUAGUCCUAAACAUUUACCAGAAGUAAUCAAAAUGCUAAUCAAAGCUGGUGGUAAAUACAACACGAUGAAUAAACGGGCUCCUGCGUUCAUGGACACUCCUCUCCACACGGCAGUAGAGCUGGAGAACCUGGAAGCCAUCCGCGAGCUGCUGGACGCUGGUGCUUCCAUCAACCGCUUAAACAGAGCUGGUCUGACGCCGCUGCAUGUUUGCGUCAAGAAGCAGUUGGAGGAACAUUUGCAGCUUCUAGCAAACUACGAUUACAUCAACAUGGAUCCUAUGGCCGCGGUAGUAGAUGUUAAAGAUAAGGAAGGUCAUACAGUACUACAGGCAGCUGUGGAAGCUGCAUGGGUUCCAGGCGUCUGUAUUGCUCUGGAGGCCGGGGCUGAUGUCACUUUGAAGGCAAACGAUGGUGAAACGCCAAUACAUUCAGCGGCAGCUCUAGGCAACAUCGACGUCCUUAACGAAAUACUCAGUGUAGCCAAAAAGAAAGAUGCUCUAGACUAUCAAAACGAAGAAGGAGAGACUGCGUUAUACAAAGCAAUCAUUCAUGGUCGAUUAGAAUGUGUAAAACGGAUUCUCGAUGAAGGAGCGUCUAUGAAAAUAACUUUACCAGGAGAUGUCAACGUAUUACACGUGGCAGCUGACUACGGCGAACUAGAAAUACUUAAAGUCUUACUAGAAUACGAUGAUGCUAUGACGGAUGCUAUGAUAAACGCCUUAUCCGCUGAUGAUAGAAGAGGAUUCGGUCCAAUACAUUUUGCAGUAUCCAACAACCAUGCGGAGUGCGUUAAACUGCUUCUUUCUAAGAAAGCUGAUGUACGUUUAAGAACGACUUGCAAUCCUCAUAAAGCAUCAACACCUUUGCAUAUUGCUGCUGUCAAAAACCACGUUAAUAUAGCAAAGAUUUUAGUACAAUUUGAUAAAACAAUAAUCCAUGAAGUGAACAGUCUUGGAUGGUUUCCGAUACACACAGCAAGCCAUCAUGGCUGUCGAGACGUUAUCACAUUACUUCUCAAAGAAGGUGCUGACUUAUCAGGGUAUACAGAUGGGCCGAAGAAAUUCAAAAGAACAGCAAUAGAUAUGAUCAUAAAUAACUUGCCAAAACCAACUGAUUUCAUGGAAGAAGUGUUUGAUUCGUACAUUUCAAGUAAUGGCCAGGAUCUUCAAGAUCCGAGUUGCGUUAUCACAGUAGACUUUAGUAUUCUGAUGCCUAAUGUAUGCGAGAUGGAACAGAUGAAAGUCAUAGAGGCUUUGUUGAAAACUGGCAAUCGUUACAGCCAGAAAAGGUUGCUUGUCCAUCCUUUGGUAGAGAGUUUUUUGUAUCUCAAAUGGAAGGCAUUGCUGCCAUUUUUCUACGCAAUUAUAGGUCUUUACGGGUUCUUCGUGACGUCACUCACGGUGUUUACAGUUUCAGUGUUCUUCUACAGAGACACUAACGAUAAGACACCUGAUUGGUUGAAUUCUACAACUUGGAGCUAUGUUGUUUACGUCACGAUUUUACUUAUUCUAUUGCAGGAACUUCUCUACAUGAAUGUAAAGAGCAGCAGAUAUUUCCUUCAACUGGAAACGUGGGUGAAGUUCGGUUCGUUAGGUUUAGCAGUUAUUUUGCCAUACGCAGUGGUAGUGGUACCUUUGAAUGAGGCAGACUGGCCCAGGCACGUGGCGACACUGGCUCUCCUCCUGUCCUGGUUGGAGAUGAUGUUCCUGCUAUCCAGGUUCCCGAACUGGGGAUACUAUGUGCUUAUGUUUGGGAAGGUCGCUUCAAACGUUGUUAAGAUCCUUCUGACAUUCGCGUUCCUUGUCAUCGGUUUCUCACUCAGUUUCAUGAUACAGUUCCGUUCUCAAAUACCUUUCGAGGGUCCUUGGGCUGCACUCGUCAAAACUAUAGUAAUGAUGACGUCAGAAUUUGAUUACGUAGCACUCUUCGACGAGGAACAUUCGAAAGAGCUAGCGACAUCUCUUAUAGUAGUUCGACUUAUAUUCUUGAUAUUUUUGAUACUAGCAGCUAUAGUGCUAAUGAACUUAUUAGUAGGCGUGGCAGUAAAUGAUAUAAACGAUCUUGAAGUAUUAGGAAACAUAAGAAGAUUAGCAAAACAAGUCGAAUUUCUAAGCACUUUAGAUACUUUAGUGUAUAACAAAUUGUUUAACAAAAUACUCCCAAAAAAAGUUAAUAGUAGACUAAAGAAUAAACGAAAAGUGAACAACAUUAUGACGCUCAGUCCAGGGAAACCAAGAUGGAAGUAUUCUAAAGUCUUACCGUCGAGGUUAAAAGACGCGAUAUUUAACACAGCACAAUUCCAAAAGAAACAAAUGGACGAUGAGAAAGAUUUCCAACGUUUCAAUAACAUGAUGGAUGAGAUUCAUGAAAUAAUAGUGAAAGAAAAGAAAGAUGGAGAUAAGCAAAUGGAAACUCCAGAUCUCAUAAAAGAUAGACUUGUGAAACGAGGAGACGAUAUAACGAAACGUCUUGGAGAGAUAGAUGAUGCUGUGGUAGAAAUCAAAAAUCAAACUAAAUCCUAUGUUGAGGAGUCGAAGUCUUCCGUGGAAAUGUUGAAUGUGAAAGUAGACCAAAUGUCGUUAGAAAUAGAGGUUAUUAAACAAUUGCUGAGUAGAAUAGAAAGUAAAAUAGGUAGAUGA